AUGGAAGAGCCCAGAAUCACCUAUUCAGAUGACCAUAGAUCUCAAGCCGAGAUGUUUGUAGAGGCUCAAAAUCAGGUGAUGGAGGGGGAGCUCUCCAGAGGCCUUUAUGUAUCAACGGAGGUAGAGACUAACCAAUCUAGUGCCUGUGGAAUAGCUUGUGGACCAAAAGAGCAAAGACUUACCCAUACUAUUCGUUCGUUCACAAGGCCAAUCCCGGUAACUGCAGGACAGAUGAAACUCAAUUCUGCAGAUGAAUUGAUUGGAAAGCCAGUAAUCAAGCAGAGAUUGAAUGAAAUGUACGUUAAUAGGAGCCUGAAAACAUCUCCAACAAAUAAAUUCCUGUCAUUUGGAGUGGCUUCCAUGAGAACAAUGAAUAGUAAUCCACAGCCAUCAUACCGAUCAACAGGCUCGGGAUCAAUGUCUACAAGCAGAAGCUAUACAUACUUAAGUCAUGUUAAUACUAAUAAUUAUGGCAAUAUGAAUACUGGUAUUUCCCAAUACUCAAGAGAAUUUACUUCAAACAGCUCACCAGUUUUUAAUGUGUUCACAACAAUCUUGAAUGGUUUUUGUAGCUGCCCAGGUUUCAUUUCAGCAUGUAAUAAUAAGAAGAAAAUACAUACAAUUGAACAAGAGCAGAUUCCAUCAGAUUCUGACUUUGCUGAUUCUGGCUCCGAAAGUGAUGAUGAUGCAGGCUUAGACGUUGCUCAGGAAGAACAAAACUAA